AUGAUCUCCUUCCGCUUCAUAGUGGUUCCCGGUGCCACCCUGGAGGUCCAGGCUCUCGCGGGUGACACUUCGUCGAGCCAAGGAGCGCUCGACAGCUUCCAGGCCGCCGUGGAGGCGGCCAGGCUGCGCAGCAUCCCGGGGUCCUGCCACGCGUCGCUGAGCCUCGGCGCGCGCCCCGUGGUCUUCACCUCUGACCUGUACGGCAACGCCUGCGAGCCGGAGUGGACGCGGGAGGCCAUCAACCUGGUUCGAUCCCUGCUCUCGCUGCAGGGAGCGGGGCAGGGCCUGGAGUGGGGGGCGGGCUCCUCCACGCUCUGGCUCCUCUCCGGCCUGAUUGGACAGCUGGAAAGCGUGGAGCAUGAUGUGGGGGUUGCAACCAAGGUCAACGCCACGAUGCAGUCGGCAUUUGGGGCGGAGGACCUGCAGGCGCGGUGGCGACUGCGGGUCGUCCCGCCGGCGGGGCCGGUGCUCACCUUCCUCCAGGCGGAGUCGUAUGAGCACUACUUCACCGCCUACAUCGAGGCACCAGAAAACAGGGAGGGCGCCUACUCAUUCAUCGCCGUGCAGGGCAUGGCGCGCCUGGCAGCGCUCAGACGCGCCGUGAAGCUGCUCCAGCCUUCGGGAGGCGUCCUGGUGCUGGCCAACUCUCAGCGCAAGGCUUACGGCCCCGCAACCUCCAUCGUCCCCGAGCACUGGCGCGUGCACACCAGCGGAGAUGAGCGGGGGGCGACGACUGUCUGGCAGUCGUGCCUUCCGGGGGCUUGCUGA